AGAGAAAUUAAAAACUAAAAACUUUUUGCUGAUUGUUUUGGAACCGAGGAACUAGAAACAAGGUAGUAACGUCCAUCUGACUCCCGCGUAUAAGUUUUAACAGUAGGAUUAUAGGAGUAAUAAUAAUCCAAAAUCCUCUUUAUCAAUCCAGUUUCCUCCUGAUUUUCUCUGAGCAAUCAAUGGCACGCAAGAGAAACCGAAAAUCCUUGAAAGAAACUUCUCCUGAACCUCAAUCUUCUUCCUCCGAUGCUGAAGUCGAUUUAUCCCUCACCGAUCAACAAGAUUAUGAUGGUGAUGGAGAAGAAGAAAUCCUAUCAAAUCCCUCCACCAAAAAACACCCCAUUAUCGAUUCCAAAAUUCCCAUCAUUAAUGUUGCUUCCCCUACCAAAUCUACCAUCAUCAUUGCAGGCCUUCCUGCGCUGAGGAUGUCUUCUGACAACGAAAUGGGUGGUACUACUACCUUGAAGAAUCCCUCAAAAGAUCAUAAAGCUUCUACGGCUCAAGAAGAUGGGUCAAAGAAGCUGUUUCAAAGGGUUUUUAGUGAAGAAGAUGAGAUUAUGAUUCUUAAGGGUAUCAUUGAGUAUAGUGGUAAGGAAGGUUCUGAUCUGAUGGAUGACCCAGAUGAUUUUUACGCUUUUAUUAAGAAAUUGUUGCAUGUUGAUGUUAAGAAAGGGCAGAUUCUGGAUAAAAUUCGUAGACUUAAGAAGAAGUUUACUAUUGCUAAGAGUAAAAAGAUGAAGUUUACUAAUGAACAUGAUCAACGUUUAUUUGAUUUGUCUAAGAAGAUUUGGGAUAAAACUGAUGAUGAUAGUAUUGACAGUAAGGAUGAGAAGAAUACUGAUAGAUUUAUUGAGAAUGUUAAAGAUAUUUCUAUUGUGGCUGUUUCCGAUGAUCAGGACACCAAUUUGGAGGCUGAAAGUAAGGAUGAGAAGAUUACAGAUGAUCAGGACAACAAUUUGGAGAUUGACAAUGGUCAAAAACAAGAAGAUGGAAUGGUUUUGAUGGGCCAUGAUGAUAUUGAAGAAGAUUUGGGUGUUGGAGAAAACAUUGUGAAUGAAAAGGUGAGGAAGAGAGCUUUGAGGAAGAUGGGUGUAAAGGGGAGGGCUGAGAUUGAUGAGAUGUGGGAGAAGGUGGCGAAAGUGGAAUGGAAAGUGAGAAUGCUGCGUGAAGAAGUGCAAAUGGAAGAGACUAAGAGGAUCAUGGAAGCUCUUGGAUGGGGAAUUGGGAAUUGCUAGUUGAAGUUAUAAAGUAUGGAACUUUGUGGAGGUUCAUGGAAAGCUGCAAACCAUAUAGAAAUGGGAAAUUGAAGAAGAUAGUCACAUUUAGGGAUUCGGGUAUUCAACACUGCCAUCAAAUAUGCAUAUCAUGUCACCUAACAUCCUCCGACAUUCAUGGACAUAACCAUCUCAUGCCAAACUUUAUGUAAGAUAUAAAUCCAUGCAAAUACCGAAUAAAACUUUAGAAUGCUAAUCACUUCAAGUAGCGACUCUUUUUGGUUGCUAAACAUCGUAAGCUUCAAUCGAACAUGUGUUGAAGAUGUGAUAAUAGAGCUGAGGAUCAUUAAAACCUUCUCGUCUAAGUGGGAGCUGAAUAGGAGCAAGAGUCCGUGAUGGAUUUCAAAGAUGAAGGUGAGAUUUUUUUAGUUUAUUGUUAUUGUUGGUCAUAAUGUUUUUGUAGUUUGAUUUCAUUAACUUCACUGUUUUGUAGUUUCAUUUUUUCUGCCACUCUGAAUGAUGUUAUACCUUUUUAUGGGGAAAUUAUAUGUGCCAUAAUAAAAGCACAACGUUCAGUCCAUAUAUAUUUUAGAGCUCUUCAAUGAGACCAUGAAAUGUGAGAUUGGUAGUUCAUUCAUAUCAAAUUUCAAUCAGCUGAGUAUUGUUUUAAUGGUUAAAACUCGUUUCACUAAGCGGUAUUUUUCAUGUGACUUUCUAAUAUGGGUCAUUUAUGUGGUAUUCUUUUUCCAGAUUGAGAAUAUUUGCUUUGUUGCAAUACUCUGUACAAAGAUGUACCAAGCACCCAGCAAUAGGUAGCUUAGUUGUUUAUGGAGAUCUCUAUGAUAGACAGGUAAAAUUAUACCGGUUUCGCAUUGCAUCUGCCCUAGCCUCCAGUUGGUUCGGAACCUGGUUUAAAUCUUUUGGUGUAUAGAGUUCCUCCACAAUUUGCAGCAGCUGCUAAUUACAUUCACAAUGUCAAGGCCAUAAUUAAAUCAUAUUUCAUGCACAAAUUUUCUAUUGGCAUCAGUGAUUAGUGUAAACCCAGGUUCUGGUGUAGAGCUAAAGUCAGUGGCAGGAAUUUAACACUGCUAACAAAGCUAAUUGACGGUAAAUGCAUAUGAAUGUAUGAAACAGCUGUCUUGAAAUUGAAGUUUAUGAUUUUGAUUUU